AUGGGACUACUCGACAUCAUCAAAUCAUUCAAAUCAAACAAUGGUCGUGAGAUUCGAAUUCUUCUUCUCGGACUCGACAACGCCGGAAAAACAAGCAUCCUGAAACAGUUAUCAGCGGAAGAGAUCACGAAUGUAACGCCUACACGAGGAUUUAACGUGAAAAGUGUGGUCACUAACGGUGAUAUUCGACUGAACGUAUGGGAUAUCGGUGGACAACGAUCGAUACGACCAUUUUGGAGCAACUACUUUGAGAACACGGACGCAUUGAUUUAUGUGAUCGAUUCGAGUGAUCGAAAACGAUUUGAUGAGACGAGUAUGGAGCUGAUGGAAUUGCUGGACGAGGAGAAACUGAGCCGUGUACCUGUACUAAUAUUCGCAAACAAGCAGGAUUUGGUCUCGUCUGCUCCAGCGUCGGAGAUUUCAAAGAGGCUGAAACUGACCGAAAUACGUGAUCGAGUAUGGCAAAUUCAAGGAUGCUCGGCACUCACCAAUGAAGGAGUCUCAGAAGGCAUCAAAUGGACUCUUACCAGUUGCCAUCCGGUUUCCGAGGAGAAGUUCAAGGAAGAGCUGUCAAAUGCGGUUGAUCUUCUCUACGAUGCAGAUCAUUUGCAUUAUUUCUUCACGGAUAGAGAUGGAACGUUAAAAAGUUAUGCAUGCAGUUAUCCAUCCAGCAUUCAACCGGCGUACUCGGGAGUUAUACAGGCUCAAUUCGCCCGUCGUUGUGCUCAGACAUGCUGCAUCUUAACGACAGCACCAAUGAUGCAUAUAGGAGUACUGGACGUAUCUACCAUACCACCCGGUUACUAUUACUAUGGUGCAUCCGCAGGACGAGAAUGGUUUAUCGAUCCGACGAAUAAAUUCAAGGAUACAAGUAUUCCGGAUAAACAUCUUACAAUGCUCGAUCAGGUUUUCGAACAAGUUUCUCAUUUACUGGAAAGGCAAGAGUUCCGAGUUUUCACAUGGGUCGGCUCAGGUCUUCAAAAGCACUAUGGACACCUGACCAUCGCGCAUCAAGACAUCUAUGGAUCGGUCAACACCAGUCUCAGUGAGCAACUUUUCGAAGAAAUCAACCGCAUCGUAAUUCUCGUAGAUCCAGAGGGGAACAUUCUGGAUGUGCAUAGGUCAAAUCUUGACAUAAAAGUUUUGCUGAAGGGUAAAGGAACGGGACAACAUUUCAACAAAGGUCACGGCAUAAGAAUGCUCUGUGAGAAGAUGAAAUGUGAUUUAAAAGAAGGAAACAUCCUGGUAUGUGGUGAUUCGUCGACGGAUUUACCAAUGCUACAGGAAUGUCUUACGCAAAAUCCUUCCGGUGUUUAUACUAUUUGGGUAACAACGGACGAGCGUCUACAGAAGCAGGUCCGUGACCUAUGUGGAUCCCACGGCAACAAGAAAAUCGCAUUUGUCAGUUGUCCUGAAGUGUUGCUCGGAGCGAUGGCACAAGCGACAAUCCGAGAGAUCAGUAUUGCACGACCAAGAGGCGAAUAA